AUGGGUGUGGUCAUUAAGGAGAUCAGAACAGAAGACACGAUUUCUUUUUCUUUCCCUCUCAUCAUGGUCCAGAAGUACCUGUACAUAGCAAUGGAGUCAGCAGAAAAGAGUCGAUAUGUGUGUACCUUGGGUCCUGAAUUAAUAAAAAAAGCUGAACAAGAAUUAAAUGAAAAACCACAGUGGAGAGAACGAGAUAUUCAAGCGCUGAGAGACAUGGUUUUAAAGCAUCAAGGCCUGAAUGCUCGCACUGAUGAUGCCUUUCUACUUCGCUUUCUGCGUGCCCGCAAAUUUGAUUAUGAUCGAGCAUACAACUUAUUAUUGAAUUUCUACAAGAUGAAAGCAGAGAAUCGGGAAUUGUUUGUUCAUUUGAAGCCAUCGACAGUGCGACAUGUUCUUGAUGCAGAUGUUGUCUCCCCUUUGGAGAAUCGAGAUAGAGAAGGGCGAAGGAUUAUACUUAUCAAACCAGGAAAAUGGCAUCCUCAUAAGUUUCCAAUAUUUGAUAACUACAAAACCUGGUUUGUAAUCUUAUCCAAACUAAUUGAGGAUGAAGAAACCCAAGUAAAUGGCAUCAUUGCCAUUAUUGACAUGAAAGAAUUUGGUUGGGCACAGGCCAAAGCCAUGUCUCCUUUUUAUGCCAAAAAGCUUAAUUCAUUAAUACAGGAAUGUUUUCCAUUGAGAAUUAAAGGCAUCCAUUAUAUUAAUGAACCUAGCAUGUUUGAUUUUGUUUUUUCUAUCAUCCGACCAUUUUUGAAGGAAAAAAUUGUCAAGAGGUUAUAUUUCCAUGGGCAAAAUGUGAAAGCAUUACAUGAAUUUGUGUCUCCAGAGUAUUUGCCUCAGGAUUAUUAUGGCUAUCUUCCUGUCUCUGACAAUCAACCUGCUUCUUUUUCUGCCAGUUUCCCUAUUUUCUGGUUUACCGCUUUUUCCAACAUUUUCCCCCCUUUUCUGGCCUGCUUCUUUUUCCGACAUUUUCCCCCCUUUUCUGGCCUGCUUCUUUUUCUGACAUUUUCCCCCCUUUUCUGGCCUGCUUCUUUUCCGACAUUUUCCCCUUUUCUGGCCUGCUUCUUUUUCCGACAUUUUCCCCCCCUUUCUGGCCUGCUUCUUUUCCGACAUUUUCUGGCCUGCUUCUUUUUCCGACAUUUUCCCCCCUUUUCUGGCCUGCUUCUUUUUCCGACAUUUUCCCCCCUUUUCUGGCCUGCUUCUUUUCUGACAUUUUCCACCUUUUUCUGGCCUGCUUCUUUUUUUGACAUUUCCACCCUUUUCUGGCCUGCUUCUUUUUCCGACAUUUUCCACCCUUUUCUGGCCUGCUUCUUUUUCCGACAUUUUCCACCCUUUUCUGGCCUGCUUCUUUUUCCGACAUUUUCUGGCCUGCUUCUUUUUCCGACAUUUUCCCCCCUUUUCUGGCCUGCUUCUUUUCCGACAUUUUUCUGGCCUGCUUCUUUUCCGACAUUUCCCCCCUUUUCUGGCCUGCUUCUUUUCGACAUUUUUCCCCCCUUUUCUGGCCUGCUUCUUUUCCGACAUUUUCUGGCCUGCUUCUUUUUCCGACAUUUCCCCCCCCCUUUUCUGGCCUGCUUCUUUUCCAAAAUUUUCCCCUCUUUUCUGGCCUGCUUCUUUUUCAAACAUUUUCCCCCUUUUCUGGCCUGCUUCUUUUCCGACAUUUCCCCCCCUUUUCUGGCCUGCUUCUUUUCGACAUUUUCCCCCCUUUCUGGCCUGCUUCUUUUUCGACAUUUCCCCCCCUUUUCUGGCCUGCUUCUUUUCCACAUUUUCCCCCUUUUCUGGCCUGCGUCUAUUUCCGACAUUUUCCCCCCCCUUUUUCUGGCCUCGUCUUUUUGUGCCAUUUUCAGCCUUUUCUGGCCUCGUCUUUUUGUGCCAUUUCCCCCCCAUUUCGGCCUGCCUCUUUCUCCACCAUCCCCCCAUUUCAGCCUGCCUCUUUCUCCACCAUCCCCCAUUUCGGCCUGCCUCUUUCUCCACCAUCCCCCCAUUUCGGCCUCCUCCUUUUCCAUUCCCCCCCAUUUAAAUGCCUCUUUUUUCCGUCAUUUCCCCCCAUUUCAGCCUGCCUCUUUUUCCGUCAUUCCCCCCCAUUUCAGCCUGCCUCUUUUUCCGUCAUUCCCCCCCCCCCAUUUCGACCUGCCUCUUUUCCGUCAUUCCCCCUAUUUCUUCCUGCCUCUUUUUCCGUCAUUUUCCCCCCUAUUUCAGCCUGCCUCUUUUUCCGUCAUCCCCCCCAUUUCGGCCUGCCUCUUUUCCGUCAUCCCCCCCCCCAUUUCGCCCUGCCUCCUUUUCCAUCAACCCCCCCAUUUAGGCCUGCCUCUUUUCCGUCAUUUCCCCCCUAUUUCCCCCUCUUUUCCCAUCAUUUCCCCCCCUUUCAGCCUCUUUUUCCGUCAUUCCCCCCCCAUUUCGGCCUGCCUCUUUUCCGUCAUUUCCCCCCAUUUCGCCCUGCCUCUUUUUCGCCGCUUUCCCUCUUUUCUGGCCUGCCUCUUUUUCCUUUUUCCUGCCACUUUCCCUCUUUUCUGGCCUGCCUCUUUUUUUAAUCUUUCUGGCCUGUCUCUUUGUUCCUUAUUUUCCCCCCUUUUAUGGCCUGCCACUUUUUCCAUUUUCCCCCCUUUUAUGGCCUGCCAUUUUUCCCGCCAUUUCCCCCCUUUCUGA